CAAAAGAAUUAAAACAAAAAGACACUUUUAGUGCUUUAUUAACAAAUGAGAAUGUCAUUUGCUGGUGAGAGUCCAUGGGAAGCUAAUGGAACGGAUUAUCCGAAUUAUUCUAAUGAAAUAACCCCGUAUGGUCCAUUAUGGGACACCCAUCAUUGCUUAAGCGGUCAAAAUCACACUUUAGGAUCGUAUCCUGAUAUUUUAACGGCCGCUUUCAACUCGGAUUUGGUGUGGCAAAGGCAACAGUGUGGCCCAUUAGUCGCUUCGAAUCGUUUAAGAAGUCAAUCGGGGAAUUCCGGGUCAUCUCAAAAGAAAACGAGGCGCCGAGUCGCCACGAUGGCCCAAAGAAGGGCUGCUAACAUCCGCGAGAGGCGCCGAAUGUUUAAUUUAAAUGAAGCUUUCGAUAAGUUGAGGAGGAAAGUUCCCACUUUUGCGUACGAAAAGAGAUUGAGUAGAAUUGAAACGUUGAGAUUGGCGAUUACUUAUAUUAGCUUUAUGACGGAGUUGCUUCAUGGGCAUUCCCCCGAACACAAAAAUGGGGAUUUGUAUCCGAGGGAAUAUAUCCCAUAUGGUAUUAUUAAUUAAAAUUGUAUUUAAAGUAGAUUUAGAAUUAAAUGAAA